GGAUCGCGCAAGUGGGCGUGUAGGGCAGGACGUGGGUGGGUGAACUUCCUAGGGGCUUGGUCCUGAAAGGUUUGACUUCAAUCCUCCGUUUUCUGCACCGCCGGGAGCCGCGAUGGAGAGUAGGUGCUAUGGUUGUGCUGUCAAGUUCACCCUCUUCAAGAAGGAGUAUGGCUGUAAGAAUUGUGGCCGGGCCUUCUGUUCCGGCUGCCUCAGCUUCAGUGCAGUGGUACCUCGGACUGGUAACACCCAACAGAAAGUCUGCAAGCAGUGCCACGAGGUCCUGACCAGAGGUUCUCCUGCCAAUGUCUCCAAGUGGUCACCACCCCAGAACUAUAAAAAACGUGUGGCAGCCUUGGAAACCAAGCAAAAGCCCAGCACCUCCAGGAGCCAGGCACUGACCCAACAAGACCAAGUCAUUGCUGAGCGCCUAGCACGACUCCGUCAGGAGAACAAGCCAAAGUCAAUACCCUCACAGGCAGAGAUAGAGGCACGGCUGGCUGCACUGAAGGAUGAAACCCAGGGUUCUAUCCCUUCUGUCCAGGAGAUGGAGACUCGGCUUGCUGCCCUUCAGGGCAGGGUUCUGCCUUCUCACACCCAUAGGCUGGAACAUCUGACAGCAGACACCAGGACACAGGAUCAGCAGACACAAGAUCUGCUAACACAGCUGGCAGCUGAGGUGGCUAUUGAUGAGAGCUGGGAACAAGAAGGUCCAGCUGCCUCUCUCCAGAAUGACCUCAACCAGGGUGGCACAGGAAGCCAGCACACUAAUUCCCAGGGGCAGGCCAGUUGGUCCCUGGAGAAGGAGAAGACCAGGCUGCUGGCUGAGGCAGCAGUUGAGCUACGGGAGGAGAAUACAAGGCAGGAACGGAUCCUGGCCCUUGCCAAGCGACUGGCUGUGCUGCGGGGACAGGACCCUGACAAAGUGACCCUUCAGGACCUCCGCCUCCCAGACAGUGAUGAUGAGGAGGAUGAGGAGACAGCCAUCCAGAGAGUCAUGCAGCAGCUCACUGAAGAAGCUGCCUUGGAUGAGGCAAGUGGCUUUAACAUCCCUGUGGAGCCAGCUUCCAGACCCCAGGCCCCACCCUGCAGAACAGAGCCUAAGGCCCAAGUCAUGGCUCCCAGGCCAGAGGCUAAGGAAGAAGAACUUCCCUGGUGCUGCAUCUGCAAUGAGGAUGCCACCCUGCGAUGUGCUGGCUGUGAUGGAGACCUCUACUGUGCUCGGUGCUUCCGGGAGGGCCAUGAUGCCUUUGAGCUUAAAGAACACCAGACAUCAGCCUACCAUCCCCAAUAUACUGGCGGACAGUACUGAGGAAACCCCGACCCUCCUGGAAAGGUGGUCCUAUAGACAUCCUGCAGGCUGGCAGUGAUGCCCUGAGGGCAUCAAUGAGACAGCAGAUCAAGUCUACUGAUGAUGGAUACACCCCUUCCUGAGCCUCAGUGUCCCCUGGAAAGAGGAAAGAUUCCAUUUGAAACAAUGAGUGGAAAAGCCAAAGGGAAAAAGUAGGGUCCCUCCUCCAAGAAGCCUGGACUAGAAGUAAGAGGCAUGAUGUUCUAGAAAGACCAAACUGAAUCUAAGGGUGAGUCCUGUAGCCUGGCUCCAGGGCCCGUUCCCCUACCUGGCACAUAGUAGAUCUAAUAAAGUAUAUGUAUUCAUUGGGCUCAGCA